AGCCGUUUGGGGUUCCAGAGCGCUCGAGACGGGCCAGCACCCGCGCCCCCCGGGCGGUGCCACUCCAACGCUCCAACACAGCCCCCACGCGCUCCGCAGAGAAUGGCGCGCUUGCCGCGCGGAGGGCGACCGUGCCACACGCGCGCUCAGGGCCCCGCGGCUGCGCGCCGCGGCCGCGCGCCGCCCGCGGGGGCGCUGCGCGCUCUGGCCUGCGCGGUGGCGCUCGCGGCCGCCACGGCCUGCGAGGAUGGGCGCUUCGUGCCGCCCGCGGCGCCUGGCACCGCGACCGACCUCAACGGCGUGGCCCUCAGCGACGUCUGCUUCUACGGAUCGGGCGAGCAUCACGUCUUCGUCAUCGGCGACUGGGGCGGCCUCGAGUCGGAGUCCGGCGGCCCGCCGAUGCCUGCGGACGACCGGGGCCCGACGAAGGAGCACAACCGCCAUUUCAUGGCUGGCAUCGACAACAACGCGCAGAUGCGCGUGGCGGAUGCGAUGAGGACCCGGGCUCCCGUCAGCCGUCCUGAUUUCGUGAUCAACGUCGGAGACAGCUUCUACUGGGGCGGCCUUGACACUAAGUGCGGCACUCCCCCAACGGAGCACGUGGAGAACUCACAGUGGGUCAACGUGUUCGAGAAGGUCUACUGGGGCGACGGCAUCGACGGCCGGCAGUGGCUCGGCGUCCUGGGAAACCACGACUACGGAGGCUGGAAGUUCGACAGCGCUUGGGACCAGCUGAUAGGCUACACCUGGGGCAAGGACCUGCCUGGCAGCCAGGAUCGGUGGGUAAUGCCAGCCCAGUACUACAGCGUAAAAGUCUGGUAUCCGUACACCGACGAGCAGGGCCUGCAGGUUCAGUUCAACGUCGACUAUUACUUCGUCGACUCGAACAGCUUCGGCGCUCACGAGGGCGGCUAUGGCUCGAACCACAACAUCUGCGACCACAAGCACAACGACAAGAACGCCAGCUGUGGCGCUGAGGGCCCCGAGGACUUGGAGGAGUGCCCUCGUUGGUUCCGGAAGCUCUGGACGGAUCAGAUGCAGUGGCUGGAACAGGUGUUGCCCCAAUCUGAAGCCGAUUGGAAGAUACUGGUGACGCACUACCCGCCCGGGCAUGGCGUCGAAGAUUGGAAGCGAUUAUCUGACAAUUUCGGCAUCGAUCUCAUCGUCACCGGCCACGAGCACAGCCAGCAGGUCUAUUACAACAAUACCGCGAACUUCCUGGCACCGACGGCUUGGGUCGUGUCUGGUGGAGGAGGUGGUAUCACCUCGACGGGCCAGCCCGAUGCGCGGGGCGACGACGAUCAGUACGGGUUCGUGGACAUCACGCUGACCAAGUCCGAGAUCACGGUCGAGAUGAUCUCCCACGGGGGUUUCACCCGCAGGCAGGUGAAGAUCCACAAGGGGGGCGAGGGCGACUUCCUCCCGGACCUGCCCAGCUGGAAGGCGGCGGCCCGGACCGAGGAGGAGCGCAAGCGCAACGCCUCUGCCAAGGCCGCCAGGAAGCCAGCUCCGGGCCAGAAGGUCGAGCGAAGCGGGCCGAGGCGCGCGCCGCCAGGGCGAGGCUGCCGGCCCGCGCGCGGGCGCGACCCCGCCGGCGCACGGCGAGCACGUGGAGAAGCUGGCGCCGCGGGCCGGGGCCGACAUGGCUGCGGCGGCCAAGGAAGAGCCCCAGCAGCCGCCGGCGGCGGCCGCCAAGGAGGAGCCCCAGCGGCCGGCUGCGGCGCCCGCGAGCGACAGCGACGCGGGUCCCGGCGCGGGCUGCCAGAAGACGUGCGAGCUCGACGUGCCCGGAGGGGAGGUCGCCGCGUCCUGCAGGGACCUCAUCCAGUGGCUGGCCAACGACUGGCUCUACCGGCUGCACGGGGCGGGGCAGUGCAAGGCGGCCUACAUCGAGGCCCUGAAGCAGUGCCCCGCCUGCUACGGGUGCGCCCUGGCCGACGCGGGCUGCAGGGACAGAGAAGGCUCUCCGAUGGCGGCGACGGCGGAUCCCAUUCGCAAUGAGACUACUGAGCUCUUCGCAUAGGCUCGGGUGGUACCUCUCUCUCUUUCUAUGCCUCUCCCUCUCUCUUAUGUUAUACUGAUAUCACUCUCUCCUUCUCUCUCUCUCUCUCUAUCUGUCUUUAUCUUCCCCCUGUCCCGUCCCAUCGCUCACCCCAGCUCUCGUCUCGGCACUGGUCCUGUUUUUUGUUCAUGGCAGCUUAGCCAUGUGUUGUAGUUCGUUAUUAUGCUCGGCAAAACGCCCUGUAGUGUAUUUCGCGCGCGCGCCAGGCGACUGGCGGACUGUUGUCCCAAGGGAAUUUCUCCCAAGCGCAGCUAUUUUUUGUGCCUGGGGGAGCUCUCCGAACUUGCUGAGCAAUGCUUUCGGACCUAUCCUUCGCACCCAGAUGGGUCAGUGCCUGCGUUUGAGUCUCCUAUCUUCUUUUUGUGUUCUAUCCACCUGCCUGCGGCAGACCCCGCUACCGUUCCAGCGCAGCAGCGCAACAGGAAGGAGGUUGAGUUCAAGACCCGCUCAUGGUCAGCGCUCUUUUUGAACUGACUCGAGUCCUGAACGCCAUUUCCUACUCCUC